AUGAGAGGACCCAAGGUGGCCCGCAUCGUUGGAGUCGGCAUGACGCCCCUCGGCAAACACAACAAGAAGCCCUCCAUGCUCAUGCGCAAUGCGCUGGAGCUCGCGCUGGGCGAUGCGGGGAUGACGCUACGGCAGCUGGACGGACUCGUUGCCAUCCCCUCUCUGGCCGAUCCCCACUUUAUGGAAGCGCACUUCCUGGGCACGCAGAUGGGCCUCUUGCCCAACAAGGAACGCGACAUGGACUGGUGCGAGACGGUGGCAGUGGUGGCCGGCGACGCCGUGUGCUCCCUCUCCAAGGAAGAGUUCCUUCGUAGGGCAGACCAGACUUGUCAAGAUCCCGAUGGCGAGCUGCAGAGUCCGGUCAUCCCUAACGGCUACGACAGGAUCGCACAGUGGCAAAUGAGAACGUAUGGCGUCACGCGAGAGCAGUUGGCUAUGUGCUCGGUGCUCAUGAGCAUGCAGGCCGCGAGGCACCCCUACGCCGUCACCCAAAGGGUGCGAAGUCUCGAAGAAGUGUUGGCCUCGCCUCCCAUCGGCAAGGUGACCAACCUACUCGAGUUGCGAGAGGCGCCUCACAUACAGUGCGCGAACCAUGUCGACAGGUGGCUCGAGCGCCAUGGCUACGGUAAGCGAAAGGGCGUGGUGGUCUUGGGCGGAGGCGAGGGCAGCGGCCCGCUCUACCCUCCGCCCGUCAUCGACGAGGACAUGUUCACCGCCGACAUCGCCGCCGAGCUCGCGUUCAACGAGGCGCAGAUCGGACCCAACGACAUCGACUUCUUUGGGCUGUACGAUUGUUUCCCCAUCUGCUUCAUCCGCGCCAUCGAAGCCGUCGGCUUGGCCAAGAAGGGCGAGGGUGGUGCGUGGGUCGAACAGAAGUACUACCAGCUCUUGAAGGAGAUCGAAGACAAGGGCGGCAACGACAACCGAGACCCCAACAAUUUUCCAGUCAACACCCACGGCGGUCUGCUGGCCUUUGGCGCACCUUGGGAGGCGCCGGCGAUGUACAAUGUGAUUGAAGCUGUGGAGCAGCUGCGUGGACGGGCGGGCAGCCGACAGGUGCGAAACGCGAAGCGUGCGCUGGUCUACGCCAACGGCGGCAUCUUCUCUGCCAGCUCCAUCGCACUCCUCGGCGUUGGGCACAUGUGA